AUGGCGAGCAACACCAAAGGUCGCGUACCUACGGGCUUUGCUGACGAAAUCGUCAUCAGCGAAGCCUCUUUCCGUUCGGCGCACCGCGCGCGCGAGGCAGCAACUGAACCACCGAGCAAAAAGCGCAAGAGAGAAGAAAAGGGCGACUCCAGUAUUGUGUACGGCAAAGGCGCAUACAAGGGCCCAUGGGCAAAAUACCAGUUCGAGCGACCGGACGCUGCGUCGGACGAGGAGGGCUCCGACGUGGAAAUCGUGUAUGAAGAGGACGAGAUCGAAGAGCAGCCUGCGGCACCGACAACGAAGGAUGGGACCGCGUACGAGCACGAGGAUGCGGCGGAAGAGAAGACGGUCUUCCAUGGCUCGCAAGAGUUCGACUACCAAGGGCGCACAUAUAUGCAUGUGCCGCAGGAUUUGGGAAUCAGCUUGCGGGGCGAGAUCACCGACCUCAAAAACUACAUCCCCAAGAAGUGCAUCCACACCUGGAAACACCACACCAAGGCCAUCAACGCGCUGCGCUUUUUCCCCGACUCGGGCCACCUUCUGCUGUCAGCGUCUGCGGACAACACAGUCAAGAUUUGGGAUGUCUAUCACAAUCGCGAACUGCUGCGGAGUUACAUGGGGCACAACAAGUCCGUCAACGACAUUUGCUUCAACAACGAUGGCACGCAGUUCCUGUCCGCCUCGUACGACCGUCAGAUGAAGCUGUGGGAUACGGAGACCGGCAAGUGCAUCACAAAGUUCUCGACCGGCAAGACGCCGCAUGUCGUGCGCUUCAACCCCGAUCCCGCGCUCAACCACGAGUUCCUGGCUGGUAUGGCGGACAAGAAGAUUGUGCAGUUCGAUACGAGGACGCAGCAGAUGGUGCAAGAGUACGAUCAUCACCUGGGACCAGUCAACACCAUCACCUUCUGCGACGAGAACAGGCGGUUCAUCACGACGUCAGACGACAAGUCGCUGCGUGCGUGGGAGUAUGGUAUCCCGGUGCCGAUCAAGUUUAUCGCGGAGCCGUACAUGUACCCGAUGGUGCGGAGCGCGCCGCACCCGUCCGGCAAGUACGUGGCGUUCCAGUCGUCGGACAACCAGAUCGUCGUGUACGCGUGCACCGACCGCUUCCGGCAGAACCGCAAGAAGUCGUUCCGCGGCCACAACAAUGCGGGCUACGCCAUCGAUGUGUCCAUCUCGCCCGAUGGCCAGUUCGUGUCGUCGGGCGACAGCGGCGGCUUCGUCACCUUCUGGGACUGGAAGACGUGCAAGAUGUACCACAAGAUCCAGGCGAGCGAUGCACCCGUCAUCAGCACCAACUGGCACCCGAGGGAGACAAGCAAGGUCGUCACGGGCGAUUUGAACGGCGUGAUCAAGUUCUGGGAUUGA